AUGGCUACUUCUAUUACCGAAGCUAAAUCAGCGACCAGUUCUUUGCUCGAGAAAGUUAAGCCACAUAUGAAUGAUGCACUGACACUUGAACACCUGGGAUUUUUUCUGCCGCUUGCCCUGAAGGCUCUAGAUACGAUAGAGCGUUUGGGAGUAGAAGAUUUACCAAGAGAACUUAAUGAGUAUAAAUCGACCUGCGACAAACUCACGGAAGCUAUUCAAUCCAACGAGGACUCUCUUGGACAAAGAGCAUGGAAAGACGUCACUGUCGAGGGCAAAUCAUGGCAUGACCAUUUGGUUAUAAUGCAAUCAUGCAUCAGCACCCUUCAAGCAGAGGUUAAUAAGAUAAAAGAUGAAAUACCGUUACUGGCCGAAGCUAUCCUGGCUGCCACUGAACUGAAAAGGAGAAUUCAGAGUUCUGAAGGUUCUUCACCUCAUUUCGACAUCGUAGAUGGGACGCUGUUAUUCCUACUCCAUUCAUUGUACCUUUUGCAGUCUCUUCACCGCCAGAAUAGCGAUAGUGUUGCAGAACUCGCAGAUCCUCUACUGCAGUGCGGCUUAAAAUGUCGCAGCGCCCUUCCCAGUACGGAAGAAGCCGUUGUUUGGAUGGAGAGCUGUCAGCAAUUAUUGGUGUUACUACAAGGGUUUUCCAACACCUUCGUGUGCUUUUUCAUACAGAAAAACAAGUAUAAGAUUGCGAAGCUGCAAGCUCUCUCCAUUUUCAGCACGAUGGGUACAUACUACAUGCAGAGAAACCGAGUGAUGCUACAGCGGCGAGUUGAGGAUUUUUCGGAUGCGAAUCGAGCGCAUCCGGCUUCUGAAAGCGAAAUCCAGGCUCUACCCAGAACUACUGAGAGCGUGAAGGAGAUCUGUGUGAUCUGCAGAGAAUCGAUGGAGAUCACUACAAUGCCGUGUGGUCAUUGUUAUCACUAUGGCUGCCUUUCCGGUUGGCUGGAGGUGGCCAAGUCCUGUCCUCAGUGCAGAAAGACGUUAAGAUAA